GAUUCAGCUCGAUUGCUCAGGUCUGGAUAUUUGUGUACAGCGUGGUACAGGCAAUAACAGGAGCACCGAUAGCCGCUGUUUCCGCUCCAUAAUGGGACGACAUUCCUCUGAUUCAGAGGAGGAUACUAGGACCCGCAAAAAGAAGAAGCAUCGUAAACGCUCCUCUUCCAGUAGCUCUUCAGAUGGAAGAAUGCGUAGUCAUAAGAAAUCAGGAAGGAGAUCCAGAUCUCGCUCACGAGAAGCUUACUCCAGUUCACACUCUUACGAUAAAAGACGCAGGCACCGUUCUAGCAGUGAGUCGUCUUACAGUUCAAGAAGAAAACGUAGCUCCAGCAGAACCCGAGACCGAGUAAAGUCACGUAAAGCCCACAGGUCCAGAGCGUCAAGAUCCAGAUCUAGGCAUCGGCAGAGAUCUCGCAGCCGUAGCAGUGAUCGUUCCACUCGAAGAAGAUCUCGCAGCAAGUCUUAUGAUAGAGACAGAGGAAAAGGUAGAGCGAAGGAGAAGACCAGAGAAAAAGAGAGAAGAAAAGAAAAAGAGUCAAGUUCCAAAGUUGGGGUUUCGGUAAACAUCAAAGCUGGAUUAGAACAUCUGUCUCCUGCUGAACAGGCCAAAGCAACGUUGCAGAUGGUUCUCCAAGCUGCUGCUAAAGCGGAUGAAGUAUUACGAGCAAAAGAAAAGAGUGAAGAGGAUGCCAGAAAGCGGAAAGAAGAAGACCAGGCAUUGCUACUUGAUCAAGUCAAACGUGUGAAGGAGAUUGAGGCCAUUGAAAGCGAUUCUUUUAUACCACAAAUAUUCAGAUCAAGCCGGGAUGCCAAAGCCUUGAUAGAUACCAGCGAAAGCAAGCAUGAAUCCGCCAUAUUAGGAGUGGGAACGUUGGACUUGUUUGAGGAUGAGAAAGAAGCAGAUGUUGGUACAAUGCCAACUGCUAUCAAAUAUCUGGACGAUAACUCCAUUGCACAUCCAAAUCUGUACAUUGAGAAGGCGGAAUCGGAGGAGAAAUGGUACAAGAGGUUAACCUCUCUACGACAAGAGCGGCUAAUGGGCAGCCCCGUGGCAUAGAGGUCGAGGAUUUUAUGGUCGUGUUUUAUUUAUGCGUUAUCAUUCCAUUCUUUUUAUAAAAUGUGAAAACUGCAGUCUGGUCCUUUUUAAUUCUAACAAUUUAUAUCGUACACAAAUUUAGAGCAUGUUCAUUAAAAUAAAGCUUUACUUUUUCUGUAAGUGGCUGUAUGAGUUAAUAAAUUAGAGAGAGAGGAUGUCUCUUUUGCAGUCUUACAGGAAUUCUCAGAAACUGCAAAUUAAUAGUCAGUGGCCCAGGCAUGGGAUAAAAAUAAAAAAGAAUCGCCUGUUCAGAGCAUUUUGGGUCCAUCAUUGAGCUUCUAUCGCUAGACUGGAAGUGUGAUGUGCCAUCUAUAUGCACAUCACUGCUGCUGGACAAUCAGUGGUGAUUGUACAGGAACUCCACAUGACUGGCACAUCACACGUCCGGACCAGAAGCAGCAAAGAUGGGAGCUCUGAAAAGUAGAUUUAAAACAAUAAAUAAAAAUAAAAAGUACUUUUACACAAUACAUGGCCUCCUGACCAUUGGUUCCCAGACUUGGAGAACCCCUUUAAAAUGAAGAUCCACAUUCAACUAAUAUUGUUUAUAAAGUCAUCAAAUGUACAAUAGAUCAUUUUGUAAUAUGUAUUUUAUUCUACUCUUUGCUCUUCUUCAGCACCAAAUAUGGAAGAAUCCAGGACAAAUCUCAUUUGAGUUCACAAUACAAGUUACAUACGGAUUUGUAGAGGAUUUUGAAACAUGAGUGGUCAUUACAUAUUUUAGCUUUUAUCUUAUUAAAGAGGACCUGUUACCACAAAAAAUGCAGUGUAAUCUGCAGACAUCAUGUUAUAGUGCAGGAGGAGCUGAGCAGAUUGAUAUAUAAUUUUAUGGGAAAAGAUUCAGUAAAACUU